CCGCCUCCUUUCUCUCCCCCUCCCCUCAGUCCUCCUCGCGCCUGCCUGUUAACGCUCGUGCUUCUUGGACGUUCCUUUCCUGCCUUGAAAGUCGGGUGUCUUUUAUGAAUAAUCAAAAGCAGCAAAAGCCAACGCUAUCAGGCCAGCGUUUUAAAACUAGGAAAAGAGAUGAAAAAGAGAGGUUUGACCCCACUCAGUUUCAGGACUGUAUUAUUCAAGGUUUAAAUGAAACUGGCAGCGACUUGGAAGCAGUAGCGAAAUUUCUUGAUGCUUCUGGAGCAAAGCUUGAUUACCGCCGCUAUGCAGAGACACUCUUCGACAUUCUGGUGGCUGGCGGAAUGCUGGCCCCAGGUGGUACCCUGGCAGACGACAUGAUGCAUACAGAUGUCUGUGUCUUCGCGGCACAGGAAGACCUAGAAACGAUGCAAGCAUUUGCUCAGGUCUUUAACAAGCUGAUCAGGCGUUACAAAUACCUGGAAAAAGGCUUUGAGGAUGAAGUCAAAAAGUUGCUGCUAUUCUUGAAAGGUUUUUCAGAGUCUGAGCGGAACAAGCUGGCCAUGCUGACGGGUAUUCUUUUGGCCAACGGGAAUCUUAAUGCAUCAAUUCUCAACAGCUUGUAUAAUGAGAAUCUCGUCAAGGAAGGCGUUUCAGCAGCCUUUGCCGUAAAGCUGUUCAAAUCAUGGAUCAAUGAAAAAGAUAUCAACGCCGUGGCUGCUAGCCUCCGUAAAGUCAACAUGGACAACAGGCUGAUGGAACUCUUCCCGGCCAACAAACAAAGCCUUGAACACUUCACAAAAUACUUCACGGAUGCAGGACUGAAGGAGCUUUCCGAAUACGUCCGGAACCAGCAAAGCAUCGGGGCUCGGAAAGAGCUGCAGAAAGAGCUUCAAGAGCAGAUGUCACGUGGGGAUCCAUUUAAGGACAUCAUCUUGUAUGUCAAGGAAGAGAUGAAGAAGAACAACAUAUCAGAACAGACCGUGAUCGGCAUCAUCUGGUCGAGUGUGAUGAGCACCGUGGAGUGGAAUAAAAAGGAGGAGCUCGUAGCAGAACAAGCCAUCAAGCACUUGAAGCAAUACAGCCCUCUCCUCGCUGCCUUUACAACCCAAGGUCAGUCUGAACUGACGCUGUUGCUCAAGAUUCAGGAGUACUGUUAUGACAACAUCCACUUCAUGAAGGCCUUCCAGAAAAUAGUGGUGCUCUUCUACAAAGCGGAGGUGUUAAGCGAAGAACCCAUCCUCAAGUGGUGGCUCAAGAACGCCGAGGAAGAAUCGGAAUCCGAAACGGAAGAAGGUGACUAAAUUGUCAAAACUGUCGACAGUAAAGCAAACAGGAGCUGUAGAUAAAAUGUCAUGUCUCUCGUGUCCUUCUGAUUCUUGCAUCCUACCUCCCUAUAUCAAGCAUGAUAUCAGGGCUUUCAUGGCAAAAUUUACUUUGUGUUUUCUACGGUUAUUAGAGAACACUGAAUUUAGGUUUUUUAAAAACCAUGUGUUGGUAGCUUACAGGAGCUAUAAAUUUUGAUCCUAACAUUGCAUUAUCUUUUCAGUUACAUUCUACCUCCUGUAUUUUCUACUGUAACAUAAUUUAAGGCCUUCCACAGUUUGAAUUCAUUUUAUCCCUGGGUUUUCUAUAAAGUUUACAAGUAGACAUGAUUGGGGGUGGGGUGGGGGGGUGAAUUUGUUUAUACAAAUUCUGUUUGCAAAUUAAACCGUUCCAAGUAUCCAAAGUCAAGAGGCCCUAUGUGUGGUUUUGUGGGGCAGGGUGGGGGGAGAAUGGGUUUUUAGCAUUAUCAGCCCCUUAAGAGUACUACUACAGCAGUUCAUUUGCCCUCAGCUUCCUGGUUCUGAUAUUCUUGCAGUUUUAAUUUAGUCAUGAAUGGUUUUGUCUGCAAAAUGAGAUUAAAGAAGUAAAAGACUUGCCCCUUUUGAUGGUCAAAGCACUGCACAUA